AUGGCGGUGGCGACGGUCGAACCCCUGUUCCAAAUGUUCGCAUCAGGCUCCUUACUGAGCACAAUGGAUGGACGCGAAGACGUCUUGCAAGACGAGACACCCUCCUCUGUCACCUCCCUGCCUCCUCAAGAAGACCCUUAUGCCAACUACGGCUGGCUUCGGUGGGCACUUCGCUGGUACCCUCCAGUUUUUGCGUCAAUAGGAAUUCCAGGUAACAUCCUCAUCAUCGUGACCCUCAUCAGAUGUAGGCGGCGUCUCCUUCAACCGCUGCCGCCUUACUGUUACCUACUCGCCCUGGCAGUCUCCGACCUGCUCUACCUGGUCUCGGUCCUGGUCCUAUCGCGCACGCUCAGAACCAUGACCUUUCACCUGCCGGAUCCCGAAUGGUAUUAUGGGAAGUUCUGUGCGUACAACGUGGUGGUUGGCUACACGGCGUCCUACGCCUCCGUCUGGACCGUGGUGGCUUUUAGUGUAGAGAGGUACAUCGCCAUCUGCCACCCUUUCAGACACAGGGUUGGAUCGUCGCUCAAGCUGACCAUCAAGGUCAUCAUGGCGGUGUGGUUCUUCUCCUUCCUGCUGGCCCUGCCCUACCAUUGGCUGGUCGGUCCCAGUUACGUGACGAGACUCGUGGACGGCCGUAACGUGACCGGUGAUUGGAAAAACGCGAUGGCUAGAAUGAUGUAG